AUCUCAGCUGAGCAGUGUGUUUGUGCUGCUGAAAUCUGCUGCCCAUUCUCUAAUAUUUAAAGGAGCCAUGGAUCCCCCCCCUUCACCCAGCUGUCCAUCAUUCCUCCACAUCGAGUGUUGAUCGACUGAAAUGGCUCCCAAGUCCCUUUUCUAUACGCUUUUAUCCUCCCUCACCGUCGCCCUCGCGGCAUCCGUCCCUCAAACGGACUAUGAGGUGAUCGUCGUAGGAGGUGGUCCCGCAGGUCUCAGCGUCCUCAGCGGUUUAUCUCGAGUGAGACGCAAGACAGCCCUCUUCGACUCCGGGGAAUAUCGUAACUCUGCUACCCGGAACAUGCACGAUGUGAUCGGCAACGAUGGCACCGUACCCAGCGAAUUCCGCGGUCUCGCCCGCGAGCAAAUCUCCAAAUAUGACACUGCAACCUUCAUCGAUAAGAAAAUCAACGCCAUCCAGCCCGUUUCGGACAAGGUCUCUAACACCUCGUACUUCCGCGCCCAAGACGCUGAAGGUAAGGAGUACACUGCCCGCAAGAUCAUCCUAGGCACCGGCCUCAUCGAUGACCUCCCCGACACACCGGGUCUCCACGAAGCCUGGGGCAAGGGUGUCUACUGGUGCCCCUGGUGCGACGGGUACGAGCACCGGGACCAGCCCUUCGGUAUCCUAGGUGCGCUACCGGAUGUCGUAGGCAGCGUGCUAGAAGUGUCCACCUUGAACAAGGAUAUUAUUGCGUUUGUGAACGGAACGCAGACUCCGGACCAGGAGGCCGAGUUGGCUGAGAAAUACCCGGACUGGGAGGCGCAGCUGGAAGCGUACAAUGUGCGUCUGGAGAACGCAACCAUAGAGUCCUUCGAGCGCAUCCAGGACGGCGGCCAGGUGAAGGAUCGGAACGGUACCAGGCAGAUUGACAUCUUCCGUGUGCAUUUUACCAAUGGCUCAGCGGUUGAUCGGAAUGCCUUCAUCACUAAUUAUCCCACUAAGCAGCGGUCUGAUCUACCUUCCCAGUUGGGUUUGGCGAUGCUCGGUAAUAAAAUCGAUGCUACUACGAACCCUGGUAUGAGGACUAGUCUGCCUGGAGUCUUUGCUGUUGGGGAUUGCAACAGCGAUAACAGUACAAAUGUGCCCCAUGCGAUGUUCAGUGGAAAGAAGGCUGCUGUUUUUGCUCAUGUCGAAAUGGCUAAGGAGGAGUCUAAUGCGGCUAUUGACAAGCGCGGUGACUUCGUGGCGAUGGUGAAGGAGACUGAGAAGCGUAUGGGCAAUGAUUUGGAGAAGAUUUACAACCGAGCCAGAGGCCUGUGAUUUGUAUUGACCCACGUGGUUGAUAUUAUUCAAAGGCCCUCCUCUUUCUUAUCUAUGAUAUAG